AUGAUCGCCUCUCGCAUAGGAUUUAUUACCCGUCGUCAAAACUUGGCCGCCACCAGACUUGUCGCAUCGCAAUCCCGCGCUACGCCAUUGGCUCGUCAGUUCAUCCGCUCUGUUCAGACUGAGUCCUUGCCUCCUUCUGCUGCGACCGAUAUCCUCAAUGCUCAGCGAGUCAGGCGUCCUUCGAGUCCUCACUUCACUAUUUACCAGCCUCAAAUUACUUGGCUUGGGUCGAUUGCGAACCGUGUGACAGGAGGUGUGUUGAGUGGUGCUUUGUAUGCAUUCGCACUGGCGUACCUUGCUGGCCCAGUAGUGGGAGUUCCAGUUGACACAGCGCACAUUGUUGACCUCGUAACUGCCCUUCCCGAAUGGUUCAAAUAUACGGUCAAGGGCGCACUCGGAAUGUCGUUCAGUUACCACUCGUGGAACGGAAUCAGACAUUUAUUAUGGGACGCUGGCCGAUUGAUGACCAAUACAGCAGUGAAGAGGUCAGGUUAUGCAGUGAUCGGUCUGAGCAUAGUCACAACCGUGGGUUUAUUGGGCUGGUAA